AAAAGGAAACAUUCUAUAACUUUGACAAUAAGUUCUUAAAGUUGAUUUCAAAUCAAUUUUUUUGUUGGGGCACAAUUUAUUUAUAACGUUAAUAACGUCAUACUCUGAAUUUUUUAAUCAUAUUCAUGUGUAUGUAGUAAAAUAAAUAAAAUCAGUACAGUGAGAUGACUGCUACGGCAUCAGCAACUACUGCAACCAUUGAUGAAGAUUUAGAUGAGUGUGGACCACAGUUGAUUAGUAAAUUAGAGGGAAAUGGAAUUACAUCAGGCGAUAUUAAAAAGUUGGAAGAAGCGGGAUAUCAUACAGUAGAAUCGGUAGCAUACGCUCCGAAGAAAUGGCUUAUAACUAUAAAAGGAAUUUCCGAAGCGAAAGCUGACAAAAUUUUGACGGAAGCUUCAAAAUUGGUACCAAUGGGAUUCACCACAGCGACAGAGUUUCAUCAAAAAAGAGCUGAAAUAAUUCAACUAACAACCGGAUCUAAGGAAUUGGACAGGCUGCUGGGUGGUGGCAUCGAAACAGGAUCAAUCACAGAAAUAUUUGGGGAGUUUCGGACAGGGAAAACACAGCUAUGUCAUACACUUGCGGUGACAUGCCAGUUGCCAAUAGAACAAUCCGGAGGUGAAGGAAAAUGUAUGUAUAUAGAUACAGAAGGAACAUUUCGUCCAGAGCGUUUACUGGCAGUAGCUCAGCGGUAUGGCAUGGAAGGAGCCGCUGUUCUUGACAAUGUGGCCUAUGCCCGAGCAUAUAAUACUGAUCAUCAAACACAACUAUUAGUUCAAGCUUGUGCGAUGAUGGCUGAAUCUCGAUAUUCUUUGCUAAUAGUGGACAGUGCGACGGCCUUGUAUAGAACAGACUACUCGGGCAGAGGGGAGCUCAACUCGAGACAACUUCAUCUAGGGAGAUUUAUGAGAAUGCUUCUAAGGCUUGCUGAUGAGUUUGGAGUAGCUGUAAUAAUAACAAACCAAGUAGUAGCGCAAGUGGAUGCAGUGGGUGUCUUCAAUGCAGACACCAAGAAGCCAAUCGGAGGUCACAUAAUUGCGCAUGCGUCCACCACGCGACUGUACCUGCGCAAGGGACGCGGAGACAAUCGAGUCUGCAAGAUAUAUGACAGCCCCUGUCUGCCAGAGACUGAAGCCAUGUUCGCUAUCAGUACUGAGGGCAUCACUGAUGCUAAGGAAUAGGCAAUACUAGCUAAAAAUAAAGUCUGUGAAUAUAAAUACUGUAGAGUCCCAUUAAUCUGGGCUUGAUGGGGCUGGACUCCAUCCAGUUUAAAUGGAAUUUGCUGUGUAAAUUAUAAUCGAUCUUUUGUCUUUUUAAUACAAUAAUAAUAAUGUCAUUUAAACCGAUUUCGGCCACAGCGGCCAAUCUUAAGAGAAAUUAGCCAACUACGCAGGAGAUAUUAUAGUGCACCAGUGUGUGCGCAAACGCAGGUGCACUCUCUAUGCCCUAACUCUCAUAAUCUGAUGGGACGGUAAUCAAUCAUCAGGCAAGAGAGUUCAGGCGCAGGACCAAUGGCUUUACGUGCUUUCCGAGGCACGGGAGUGAACACACUUCCAACUUCCUGACUCCGGGCUGCUACUGAGAAUUUUCUGAUAGAAAUACCCAAAUCUUUUUAUUGGCCCGACCUGGGAAUUGAAUUCAGGAUCUCCGGGUCAGCAGCCAAAGUUUAAUACUAUACUAGGUGCCCCUCCUGGCUAGAAUAAGGGUAGAAUUGAAAUGUUUAUAUUUUAGUACAUAAUUUUAUAAAUUCCUUCGUAUACUCGACGCACUCCAGUAAAAUUCCCAGUUGGCAUGACAUUUUCCGACGUUUUUAGGAAUCAUAUUCCACUUCAUUUUCAAAAAACAAUAUGGAAUAUACAACUGCACCCUCAGAAUCUCAUUCAUUAAUGAAAAAUAUGAAAAUCCGUUUUGUAGUUAUUGAGUUUAUCGUAUUUCGACAAACAGAUAAACGCGGCGACGAUUUAGAGAUCAUGAAUAUGAGGUCAUUCGGUGUCUGGAUUAGUGGGGAUAUUUUUAUGAAUACACUUCAUAUAAUUCAACGUGACCACAUUUGGUAGCUAAACAUUGUUACUUAAGUCAAUAAAAAGUUAUCGACAGAUAAGUGAUUAAAAUUAAGUCAAAAAAAAAAUUACGACAAAUAUCCAAUUCUGUCAUUAUAUACUUUACUAACAUAUAAGAAUAAUGAACAUGUCAUGCUAACAAUGUCAUACGUAAAAUUUAUUGGAUCUGAAUAAAUGUAUAAAACAAUACUAUGUAUAUAAUGUUAAAUUAUCAAUUUCACCUUUGCGAAAUCAUCUUAAUUUUAUGAAAACCCGAAAAUUUUAUGAAUAGUAAAUUUUAAUGUAAAAUAUUUAUUGGGCUCUAUGUGAUAUUUUAUUACAUUUUCACCAAUCUUUUCCUAUUCUAUGUAAUAGUCAUUACAAAAACAUUAGAUUAGAUUGUAAAUUUAAGUUAUUUUAAGGUAAACCAGUGAAGAUAUUUUUGUAAAUGGCAAUAAAACUAUGAAUUUAAUAUAUAUUAUUUAUUGAAUAUGUUCUCGUUAUAUUAAAAGUUAACUAAGACUAAAUAUCCCACUGCAGGGGUUAAGAACUCUCCACUUAAGAUUUUGAGCAUAAGCUACAAAGGCUCCAACAACCACACUCUUUCAAUGUGGGUUGGUUACAUUUGUAGUAGAAUUAUUUAUAUAGUAUCUUGUAGGUUUCCUCACGAUGUUUUUUAUUGCAGAAAACGAGAAAAAUUAUAAAUAAAACAAAUGUAAACACAGUGAUGCUUGCCCAUAUUUAAACCCGCAUUCUUCACUUAAUAUUAACGUGUUCUAACCACUGAGCAAUCUCGCCAAAAAAUAGGAACACAUUAUAUUUAACAGCGUCGAUGAAACGGU